AUGAGACAUUCUAUUCCGAAAAAAAAAUAUUGCUACUGGAGCCAUCUACUAGAUAGCUACUCGUACACUGUGAAAAAUUUCGGUGUAAAAGUGUACCAGGAGCACUUUACACGACCGUGUAAUUUUAAAUUUUUUGACCCGGGAGAUGAAAAGAAUGAAGCAGAAGAAGAAAUGGAAACAACACCAACUACGAAAACUAAAGUUUUACCAAUAGUCGUAGAUAUUGCAACCAUCAAUCUGGAUUACACUAAAACACUAAUCAAAAAAGUCAAAGAAAUAAUGCCAGAAACUACUAUGAAAUACACACCGAAACAGCUCACUUUUUACACGAAAAGUGUAAACAACUAUCAAACAAUUAUUGAACACCUAAACAAAAAUAAAAUUUGCUACCACACAUGCAGUCGAAAAGAAGAUCUCGAUAAAAAAUUCGUCAUCAAGGGCUUGCCACCUAUUGAUAUCGAAGAAUUAACAACCAGUACAACUGAUCAAGGUGUCAUACCUAAAAAACUAGCAAAGAUGAAACGACAAAAAAAACCAUCUGACCCCACUGAAGAGAGCUUUGCCACAUAUUACUUAGCAAUAAUGCGAACAAUAAUGAACAAAAAUAAUUUAUCAUUUAAUUUAAAAAUAGCACAUUGGAAUGCCAAUGGUUUGACACACAAAUGGUCUGAACUCAAAAACUUUAUUAAUCAUAAUAACAUAGACUUAAUGUUAAUUAACGAAAUUCGUGCUUCACCAAAAUAUCAAUUUAAAUUAAGUGGAUGUACUAGUCAUAGAUUAGAUAGACCUGGUCAAAAUGCAGGCGGAGGCCUUUUAAUUCUAGUAAAAAGCAAUAUUAAACAUAGUCCUUUAAACUUAAAUUAUAAUUUUUCAACCCUAGAAGCUAUUGGAGUUAAAAUAGAAAACUCAUUAGCAGUAAUAUCAGUUUAUGCCAGACCGACUCUUAAUAAUAAAAAGCAAUUAACGAAUUAG